AUGAAAAAGCUUGUAAAAUCACAUCUAAAAAACUGCGCAUAUUUCAAAAAUAAGAAAGGAGAAGAUAAAGUUACUCAAAUGCUAAAUAAUACAGAUACUAAUAAUGAGUCUGAUGUCCAAACUCAAGAUGAUUUUAGUAAUACUGAACAAGAGCGCAAAGGACCAUUAGAUCGUCAUGUUGUAUGUAAGCUUUCUAAAACAAAAAAACUUAAAUUAGAGCAAUUAAUUUUAAAAAUGAUAGUGUCCAAUAGUUGGAGUUUUAGAUGGGUUGAUAACCCAGAUUCACAAGCUACUUUCAAGUUUUUUAAUUAA